AUGAAGUCGUCAGAGGGUUCUGGUACGAUAGAUACUGUCUUUCUGCCAUUUCCGGUGGCCUUGCCUAAUCAAAGGCAGUUUGGAAGUUCAAGUUCUUCUGUUUCAAUAACCUCUGCCGAAUCUGGUUUGACGAAAGACUACUAUUGAACGCAUAUCUGAUGGCAUCGUCGUGAUUUCGUUGUAUCGUAACGACUAAAAUCUCAGUCCUUAGGCAAGAACUUUAACUUACGUGUGGUUGAAAGUUUGUCCGCCUUCCUGUCUGCAGUUUGCCAGAAGAUGGCAGGCGAAGAUUUUGUUUCUGUAUCUUAAAUAGAGUCCUCGUAGUAAUUUAAUAACUUCUUCGUAACUAGAGCAUUCACUAAUGCAUUCCCAGACUGUGGGGGAAACGUAGUUAGUCAGAACGCUUAAUUUAUCCGGUUUCAGGCCUUCGACCGUUCUGGUCUAAGGAUUCGACCCUUUCUGGAGUUCUAAGAUGGAUAGGUUGUUGUAGCUAGGACCGUAGCAAGCACGCGAGAGGAAGAGCACGAAUAGAGUGGGAUGCAAGGAUCAGAAUGGAGAAUACCCUAUAAGAUAGAAUUUCGCCAGGGCAUAAGCUGGCAUGACAAUAGUCAGCGGAAACAAGCAUAUUGAUUAAUGUCAACGCUGUUGCAACACCCGUUAGAGAUGAGUCUCUGCCGACUAGUGACGUGCCCCUCUGCUUAUGCUCACACACACCGCCCGCGUUUGCCUUUGUCAGUCUCAGCACUACACAUGUCCGCUCCCGUGUCUUGUUCCCGCCAAUCCGGCUGACCGAUCAAGGGAACCCCAGAGGCGCGCAUACACUGUAAAGAUCGACGUACUCAACUGAACUUGCAGCCCACGGCUGAUUGUGUUCUAUGUCUAGAAUACACUUUCUCCCACGAGUCUUGUUCCAAUCAAGUGGAUUGGUGGCACCAAUGAGAGAGUUAACUCCACAGCAUACGUGGGCCCGAUCCAGUCACGAAUACUCCCUCCCCCCUCCUCAUUGUUUAACUACAAAACUGUUCACUCGUUGCUGCACUCCCGUAUUCUCUGAUGAUUGUCACCUGUACGAGUCUGAAGGCCUAGACUGCUCCAGUGAUCGCGCGUUUAUUCGAUAUGUAACAUGCUAUCUAUUGUUCCCAAACACUGAUUUGAAUAGACGACUGUCGCGAUUGACUGACGUCCCCAUAAACAUUAAUCAACCUUUCUUCGUUUAUUGCGUAUGCUUUGAAUACUACCUAUUAAUCACAGCCCACGAGAGUUCUUGUGUUGUUUCUCGGAUCAGCACAAUAUAAGCCGCCUCAGGCCGUCUUGUGUCAUCCUUCUUGAAAAAAAAUGCGAUUUUAAUGUUUGCCCUGCAACUACUACUGAUGUUCUUUUUUUAAAGGUAAACGAAGAAAAUCGGUAAGUUUCUUCCGCAACUUACAUCCUCCCAAAGGUUCUUAAGACACAUGCGCCUGCUGCGGACUCAGCCGAAGAAGAAGUAAGCUUCCUGCCCUCUUAUCUUAUUAUUCACCCUAGAAAGAAAAUGGAAACGCGCGCAAACGAGUUUCCUUUUCAAGACGCAUUGAAGUGAAGUAAGUUCUACUACCACACACACU